AUGUAUUCCAGUUGGAAUUUCAAAAUAUGGAGCACCAUUGGAGUCAUUCUUCACUUGAUUUUCAUUGAUUUUCCGCUUGACAUACUCCGAUGGCUAUCACUUCGACAGAAAGUUGGCUGUCAAUUUAUUAAUCAAUUAUAAAGUCCAAUAACUUAAGAAUGUUGCCGGUCAAACAAUAGUAAUAACGGGAGGCGCGUCCGGCCUUGGGAAGGAAAUGGCACUUGACUUUGGCAGAAGAGGCGCUAAAGUCGCUAUUGUCGAUGUGAACAAGGUCAGGCUAUAAUUAAAACUCUGGAUUUGAAAACUAGUCAAAUUUACUUCAUCUAAAAUUUUUUUCAAAUUUCUAUUAUGAUAUGGCUCAUUUACCUGAAGUCUCGACUUUUUAAAAUUGAAUGCAAUAGAAACUGCAGUUGGAACUUACAAGUUGUGAAAGACGCUUCCAGAACAUCAAAACAGAAGUUCCAUUCAUUUUUUGACUUGGAAUUUUUUACAAGUUUGCUCAAACACUCGCUGAAGGUUAUAGUUGGAUUUCCUCAAAAAUCGUCUACCCAUCUAGUUCCUAUUUUUUUAAGAUUAUUGAUUUUUUUGAAAUUAGGAAAGUUUGUCUUGAAACCCAUAGUCCGCAAGUUUGAAAUAUCUUAAAAAAUAGAAGUUUGCUCAGGUAGCAAUUACGAAAAAUCUUUUUCUAGAUUUCCAGUGAGUAAUUGAGCGAAAUUGUGAGGAAUUUCAAACCGUAACCUCCCUUUUAAGUAAUAAUUUCUGGUCAAAAAGAGUACGGUUUCAAAGGUUAUUUUUGGCUUUUCGGAACAAGUUUUUUCUGAUCAUUUUUGGAAGAACCCAGGUCGCUGCUUUCGCUGACCCUUUUUUCUGAGACAGUGUUUCAGGAUAUUUUUUUACACUACUUUUCCUUUUAUACUGAUUUUGGAUCUCGUUGUAGUUUCUUUUCUCAGGAGGGAGGAGACGCAGUCGUUGAUGAAAUCAAAUCUUCCGGUGGAACUGCUCAUUAUUGGACUUGCGACAUCAGCGAUCAUCAUCAAAUGAACAAAGUUGCUCUCGAAAUUCAUGAAAGAUUCGGUAUACUCAACUAUUGGGCUUUUCAAAAAGAAAUUUUCAGAAAACGUUCACAUUGUUGUUUGCAACGCGGCUAUCCUUUCUUUUGCACCAUUCAUGGAUAUUACAAACGAACAUCUGAAACGGUCCUACGAAGUUAAUGUUUUAGGCUGUGUCAAUGUGUGGUUUUGUAUAUUAAGUUAUUGUGUUCUAUUAUUUUACAGACGAUUCGAGCAUUUCUCGGGAAAAUGGAGCAAAGAAACAGUGGCCACAUUGUAGCUGUUUCUUCAAUCGCUGGUUUUUCUGGAGAGACCUUGGGCUUGGCUUAUUGGUGAGACUGCAGUUAUGAAAGAAUUGAAAUCAUCGAUUCAAGUUCGACAAAGUUCGCGGUUCGUGGAGUUAUGGAAUGUCUGCAAAUGGAAAUGCGGGAUAGAGGUCUUGACGGCAUUCAAUGCACUACGGUAUGUGGUGUUUGAAAAUCUUGAAACAACUAUUCAGUUUUUAAACGUUUUUGAAUGAGGUCAUCAUCUUGUUUUCUUUUGACAUUACCUGAUUGGAUCAGAGUAAAAUUAGAAACAAGAAAAAAACAGGGAGGAUAAACUUCUUGCACACAUUAGAUAAAUCUUUUUCUCAGUUGUGUCCCUACUUUGCCCGAACACCAAUGGUAUUGAGUCAAGGGAUGCGGCCGACCUGCACGUGAGACAGAAAAGAUGACCUUCCGUUAAGAUAGUCACUCGUUCAGGUGGUUCCCGUUCAUGAGCGCCAAGACAUGCUCCCGCGGAAUGGUCGACGCCAUUCUCAAGGAAAAAGUUUUGGCAUUCGUCCCAUCUUAUGUCACUCUAGUCCCUAUGAUCAAAGGGUAUAGUUUGGCCUGUAAUUUCACUUCUACAUGCUAACCACAGAACAAUUUUUUUUAGUUUUUCGAAUUACUUCAAUAAAAUGAACAGAGUGUAAAAUGGCCUUGACCUUAUUGCCUCACAAAUUUGAGAUUAUCAAACGUCCAACUUUCGUAGAACACGUUUUGCUGUCAACUUAUCGUUCUGCACUUUGCGCACUAAAAAACAAAGAUAAAUGAGUAGUUUUCCCAAACAUAAUCCCAAGAAACAAAAAAUGAUAAAUUUCACAAAGAAAGGUUUGCGAGCUUUUGAGAAAACUGUAAUUUUGCUCUGAAUUUCAUGUCCAAACUUUAUGGGCUGUUAACUUUUUCUAUUAGUCUGAUAGCGAAAAUUCUUGAAAAAACAUAUUUCAUUUGACCUGUGUAACUGAACGAAUCUAAACUCCAGAUCGCAAGCUACAGUUCAGUUCAGUAACCUUAUCAUUGCCCUCCAUCUUUGUUUUUCGAUUUGCAGUCGCACUCUUGUGUAGCGUUAUCGGACAACACUUGGAAACUUCUUAUUUUAGGCUUCUUUCUCAAAACGCGUGCAAGUCGUUGCGCGAGUACCUGGGCAUCAAGUACGCCCCAAAUACAAUCGAUUGCAAUUCGAAUUGCCAGACAUCACCCAUCAUGGCUCAGUAUUACCGCUCUCCCAGCAUCUUCUGGUGGAUUCUUAUUGUCUUUGGACUUCUCAUCAAUUAUGUGAGUGUUUGUUUGAUGAAAAAAAAAAACGAAAAAAUACCCUUUUAUAGUUUUAUCAAACUGUUUCUGUUUUUUGCAGUUGGCAUGGUCGAACCCAAAAGUUCUGAACACUUCUCUGCUUCCCUUCAUUGGUCCCCUGGCGGCUCACAUUGGUCAUAACUAUCAUUGGCUCACGACAAUUUCCAACAGCGUUGCCCUUUUCCUCCAUGUCCUGGAGGCUUUCAUGGCUCUGAAGCUUUGCCGUCAAGGAAAACUUGGGUUGGUUUUUAUCAUCUGCCUCAUUAAAGUUCGAAUACUUUGUAAGGAAAAGAAAAUAUGAACAAAUUAUUUCUCCGAUCGAUCCAAGGCUUUUCCAGAUUUGACAGCACCGCCAAGUGGGUUGUUCAAACGUUCAUCGUCGGGUAUCCGUCUCUGUCAAUCCUGCGAGCAUAUGUCAACAAGAAACGCAAGAAUUAA